GAAGGCUGCGGACCGGACGGUAUUCGUGGGGAAUUUAGAGACUAGGGUGCGAGAGGAGAUCCUCUAUGAGCUGUUCCUGCAGUUUCAGAUUAUGAACUUUUUCAUCAUAUCUAAAGAUGUCACCCCCUACCUUCUUUUGGGAAAAGCCAGUGGAUUUGGCAACAAGGAAAUAAUUAAUGACCUUUGAAAGAGCAAAGCAAGUUCAGGAGAGUAGUAAAAGCAAAAAAGAGUACAAUGGGGUUGAGUAAGUUGGAGGAUGAUGAAGUGGAGGCAGCUGGACCAUUAACCAGAGUGACCAUAUGUAAGGACAAAGAAGGAAGACCCAGACCUUUUGGAUUUGUCUGUUUUAAACAUCAAGAAUCAGUAUCCUAUGCUAUAGCUUUGUUAAAUGGAAUUCGUUUGUAUGGUAGACCAAUUAAUGUGCAGUAUAGAUUUGGGAGUUCCCAUUCAGCUGAGUUGAAUAACCAAGUUGCUGAGAACUAUAUUAAUACAAAUUCACAAAUAUACAGAAAUGAAGACUUUUUGUCGAGAUCAUUUCCCAUACAGACCUUUACAGCAAAUGAUGGUAACUUUACUCAGGAAUUUGGCUCUCAGAAUAUGCAAUAUCCUAUGUAUAAUCUGAUGGUACAACCUUCAAAAUGCCAGAUGACACCACCACUAGCCUCAAGCUUUUCUGUAUUAUCCAUGCCAAACCCUCUUUCAGAUUUGGAUGCUAGAUCAACUUCUUUUGAAUUUGUUCACCAGCCAAGUGACUGGAACUUUUGCCCAGUGAGUAAAAGAAAAUGGCAGCCAGAAACUAGUGACAGUAGUACAGAAGAUGACAUAGGAAAAGUAAGAGAAUGUAAUAAAAAAUAUAGAAGGUAUAAGAAGAGAAAAAGAAAUUAAUAUUGUAUUUAAAUUAAAUAUUAAUCUAUAUUACACUUGAAAGAAAAUUGCAUUUUUGCACAGUUAGAAUAAUUAUGAUUUGUGACUCAUUUUUAAGUGUAUUAUAUGACCAAUUAGAUAUUGGUAUUUAAUUCCAUGCUUUCAAUGAGGAAAACUUGCAAAUGAAAUAGCAAUAUGUUUGUCAUCGAUUGUUAGGAGUUACCACAGCCUCAGCUAAAAAACAUACUUUGUUCAUGGCAAUGGAUUUUUACUAAGCCAAUCAAUCAAGAAAAUAUUUAUGGAAUAUCUUCUGUGCAUAAAGCACCAUGUAUUAAUCAGUCCAUGUUCUCUAUCUAGUUCUCCUUGUCAUCAACAAAUCAUACUUGUGAGGACAGAGACAUUUUUCAUUCAUAAAGCUAAAGAAAGCAUAAAAAUGCAUUUUUCUUAAUAAAUAGGUUUUCUUCUUCUUACUUAUAUCUUUCAUAGUCAUUAUACUCUGAUUCAACCUUUUUGUUAUGGAUCUAUGAGGCAUAUGAGAUUCUAAUGAAAAGCUGAUAGUCCCAAAACUGCUUAUUGGCUCUCUUGGCUUAUGGGAAUAAGUCUAUGUGUCCUCAGGUUUAUAUACAUCUUUUUAUUACUAAAUAAUAUGCAAAUUAGCUUUAUAUUAUAAUGUAUCAAUAUAACAUAUCAACUAAUUUGCUAGGAUUGAUUUUAGUCUUGAUAACCCAAAUCCCUAUUAAGUAAGCUUAAUCUUUUUUCAGUCUAUUCAAGUUUGAUAUCUCUCUAAAUAAUUUUUUUUUGCAACUCAGAUCAUUAUUGAAUUAUUAUUUCAAGAUAAAUUGGCACCUAUUUAUUUUGGGACAAGAGAUUAUGCCAUUAGGAACAUGAAAUAAAUUAUCAAGUAAUUUCAAAUAAGUUAUAAUGAUUAAUAAUGAUAAUAACAAUAAUUUACAAUAAAUUACAUUUAUUAUGUAACUUUCAAAGUUGUAUCUUUUAUCAGAUUAAUUCUGUAGCUAUGCCAGAGACCUGAACAAAGAAUUUUUUUUAAAUUUACCAAAGUUAAUUGAAAUAGAUUUGUAUGAAAUCAUUGAGAUUAACCUCUCCAGAUCUAUAGGCUAAUCAUUAAUAUUUAAGGAUUUCUUUCACCAUAUUGUACUAAGACAAUUAUUUUCCUAAAACUUGAAAUAUAUACAUUUAUAUUUAUACUAAAAGUUAUAUAUUUAAAAAGCUACAAAUAAUUUGCUGAUGGCUAGGUUAUACAGAGGAUAGAUCUCAAUGCUUAUAGCAAGGAAGAUCUGAAUUAAAAUUCUGAUUCAGACACUAGAUAUGUGACAUGUGGGUAAGUCACUUAAGUUCUCUGUACCUCAGUGUCCUCAAUUGUAAAAGGAAUAGCACCUACCUUUCAGGUUGUUGUGACAAAUGAAUUCAUUAAGCUCUGUAAAACACUUAGUAAAUAUUAAAGCACUACAUAAAUGCUAGCUACUAAUGUUGGGUUAUUGUUAUUAUUAUUAUUAAAAAGUUUUAAUUAUACUUGUGAACAGUGUGGAAUUUUUGAACAUGGAGUUUUAAACAUCAUGAAGAUUUAAAAUAUUGGAAAUGUGUAGAAAUUAAACAUGAUUUAAUUGCUAUAGAGAACUCUUAGAUAAGGAAAUUCCCUCAAUCAAUAGUUUGGCACACUCUUUGCAACUGAUAAUGUUAGGCAGUUAAAAUACCAAGAUUUUCCUGGCUGCCUUUCAAUAUUACAUAAUAUAGCUUAUUCUUCAUUCAUUAUACAAACUGGAAAAGAAAAGUAAACUUUCUUUUAUUUUUAAUUCUUGACAAAUUUGUUAAUUUAGAAUUAAUUGAGAGGGGGAAAUAUUUUUUAUAGCAGCAGCAAAAGUUGUUAUUCUCAAAAACAAAACAAACAAAAAAGUUCAGACUUAAGAUGACUCCUAAUGUAGGCCUUCCUAUUCUAACCCUAUUCUGCUUUUCCAAACUUGUUUUAUACUACUUAUUCCCUUUUAUAUAUCCUGUACUUUACCCAAAUGUGCCCAUGUGGCAUUCCUCAAACCUGUCCUGUUUUUUCCCUCUUUCUAUCUUUGUUCCUGUUCAUCAUAGCUGAUUUCUGCCUGUUAAAAUCCCAUCUAGCCUUUAAAGCUCAGUUCAGCUACCACCUCCUUUCAUUCAAGAAGGCUUUCCUGAAUUUCCUUCCCUUAUUUGUUGUUCUUUCAAAACUCAUAACAAUCUGUUUGUACUUCCUUUAUGACCGUUAAUUAUAUUCUGUUUUAUAUUAUGGUUAUGUAUCCAAUUGUAUUUUUUUUUCCUUCCAGCCUCUUCAUACCCCCCCAAAUGAUUAUCAAUUCUUCAAGAGCUGGAACUAUGUUAUUCAUUUCUAUAUA